ACGAUGCAUAACGAAUUAUGAUAACAUUUUUUCUCUCUCAACAUUUUGUGGUUACAACCUAUAUUGAUGCAGAAUAUAUUAAUGUAUAUUAGAUGUUUAGAUAAGUAUUUACGGGGCCGACCAGUAAGGGGGUGUUUACCCCCUCCUCCCCGUAAACACGCUACUGAUGAUCGCCGUUUUCCGUUCCAAACGUAUCGUUUCAAAAUGUUGAUUUUACCUGUAUGCUCACGUUCGGUUCGCCGGCGUGAUGGGACAGUUCAGACAUCGGAUCGUACAUCAAAUUAUCACGGGAAUACCGUUUCUCGCACCUUACGCUUUACGACUCGGAUGCAGUCUUCUACGAUCCGUGACUAAAAUAAAAAAACAUUCGCAAUAAUCGACUUGCCGUGUGCAUCGGAUCGAAAUUCGCCGCGGACCAACAUGGCAGUGAACGGGCCCGAGAGGUUUCGCCCCGGAUUUUUUGUUUUUCUCGCUUGGAACGUGCUCGGUAACCGCGUGCGGGCAGAAGUCGGUGACGGACGAUAACGGCACUGCUUGCGACGGCGGUACCGCGAAGGGUGACGAAAAUCACCCGUCUCGUCCGCACCCCGACCGCGUCGAAGAGGGUGCACCGCUGCGGCGAGAGUUCGCACACGGACGCCCCGAGCCGCCGUCGAGACCGCCGAGUGGCGUUAUCGCGCGAACGGCCGCUGUGUGGCGCGUCCGCCGGCCGCGCAGUUCGGUCGCACACCGCCCGGCAGUCACUCGCGUGGCCUCGCAUCCCCCGUGACGACGACCGCCGUCCGCCCCGGCACGGGCACGUCGCCUCGCGAAACGUGAAAUAUUCCAAAUCAUCGUUUCAAUUUUUUUCGGCCACCGACAACGUUUUUUCGUUCGUCGGUCAUCGGUGACUGGUAACUUCGGGCCCGAACCCGUCGUCCCGCGAACACAAGUGUCCACACAUAUCGUUCCGAUUUUUCCACCGGAUCCGUGUUGAACGCGCACGAUAAUCGCCACGUCCACGGAUCGCACGUGUGUCGAAAACACCCAACAUUUGGUUCCAACAAAGUUAGCGUAUCAUCAUACAGUACAAUAGAAAUGUGAAAUGUCUACAUCAUAAACAAUCCACAAAAUAAACAAAAAUCAAGCGAUCAUGGAAAAAACGUACUUUAACGAAUCGCACUUACCAGACGAUGAUGAUUAUUCGAUCACAGCAGUCACGUCGUUGAUGGCUGUCUACGUUGGGCUGGUGGCGGUCGUGGGCACGACCGCGAAUCUGUGCGUAUUCCUCGCCCUGUCCAUGGGCCACAAGGUGUCCAAUAACCUGUUGCUGUUGAAUCUGUGCGUCGCCGACACCAUGGUGUGCAUAAUUAGCGGGCCGUUAACAGUGCUGUCAUGGGAAUGGCCGGUGCUGUCAUCGUACGCUGUCGUCAACGCUUUGCAGUACAUACCGGUGGCGGCCAGCACGCUGAGCCUGAUGACGCAGUCGAUCGAUCGGUACGCGUCCAUCAAGCACCCGCGACAUGGCCGGCUGUACCGGAGGAACAAGCACGUCGCGUACCUGAUGUCUGGCGCGACGGCCGCGUGGACGGUGGCUGCGAUCGUGUCGGUGCCGCGGUUCGCGCGGCCCGCGCGACGCCUGCUGGCCGACUUGCGGUGGACGCGGUACUACGAGGCAUGCUACGUGGCCGUCGUGUUCGUCGUGCCCUGGACCGCGGUCGCGUUCAGCCAGCGGGCCGUCAGCCGCACGCUGUACAUCACGUCACUCAAGGCGGCCGCGGCCCGCGGACAGCUCCCGUUACCUAUGCCGCUCAUGACGGCCGAGUCCAAACAGGUCAUCCUGGUGGCGUCUAUACAGAAGAACACAGUGGUACAGUCGAAGGUGACCAACGACGUGGUGCAACACCAACAACAACCGCACACGUCGCAGCAACAGCCGCAAACGUCUCAGCAACAACCGCCGCAGCCGCAGCAACAGAAGCAGCAGAAAACGGUGCCGACCCCGAGCGCUCGCAGCCGUAAACGAUUGGCCAAGGUGUUGGUGGCGUUGGCCGGCGUGUUCGUCGGCUGUUGGCUGCCGUACGCGGCCGCGCUGCUAUACGCCAACUGGUGCUGCGACGACAACAAUCGUCGGCGCACCGGGGUUGGCACGCCUGCCGCGGUUCACCGGUUGGCGACGGUUGUCGCGCUGUUGCUGGGCCACGUCCACUCGGCCGUCAACCCGGUGGUGUACUGGUGGCUGAACCGGCACACGAUGCGCGCGUGCCCGUGGUGCUGGUGCGCGGGCGAUCAGUUCGGCGACAACGACGACGACACGGUCGCUGACGGGUUCGGUUGCGGCGCGUUCGGCUGCGUGGUUGGCGGCGCUGCGCUGGCGUUCGGUUGCGGCCGCGGCGACCGCGGGUGCACCGACAGCGGCGGCCUCGACUGCGGCGGCGGCACCGGUUGCCGGCAAUCGCAGAACCAUACGCCCACCCGCUUCAACCGGCUGCUGUUCCGUCAGCCCAACAACCACCAGCGCAGCCGGCAACCGUCGUCCACCAACGAAGCGGCGCUGGGCCCGUUCAACCCGCGUUUCGCCACGCCUAAGAAGCGACCCCAACAGUUACCCGUCGUCAAGAACCCCGUCAUGCUGUACUACGCGUGAUCCCUCCCCGAGCCUACGUCCCGCUGGUAAACGGUAUCUUGUCCACGGCCGGCCUGCGAUCCGAGCGGUGACGGAUAUUCACCCGACUUUUAUUGUCGGACCGCGUGGUUCAGUUCGGGAAGACGGGGAUGGUCGCCCGAGCUCGACGUUUUCAUUCCUUCAUCGUUCGCACGUUUUGCGGCCAUACAUCCGUUCGUGCGGUCCUAGUAACCAACAUCGACGUUAAGGCGACUUAACGUGACGUUUAAAAUAUUCCGGUCGAUAGAACUGUAUUACGGUUUUGGUUUUCAGUACCUUACCGAUACUGUCCAAUCUUACUUGAACCGCGCUCACGGUAACCGCACUGCUUAUCGGUUUCUAACAUUACUUUCCGCGUUCGAAAUGCAUCGCACGUUGAGCAGGAUAGCCAUCUCAACAACGGGACUUCCGACCAAUUAGAACCCGAUAGUAGAUGGCGUGUCGCGGGAUAGCGAGACCGACGAGACUAUAAACGCAUUUACCCCUUCCCCCUGUCGUUAGCAUCAAAAUCUACGUGUACACUUUCGGUACUAAUCGUCAGUGGUAGCGUGAUGGGAGUUGUAUUGAAGCAGCGGCUUUAUGACUUAAAUUAAGUGGGUAGGUAGUAUUUUGUGACAGAAAAGUGUAUUACAUAAUUUGUAGAUACAUUUGACAUAAAAUACUAUUACUAAUUACUGUUACUGUUAUUAUUUUGUUUAGACCUGUUAUUUUUAAUAUUUAUGUACUUACAAGUACAAUUGAACUCUGAAUCUAAGAAUUUUAUUUAUUGUGUAUAUUGAAUACACAUGUAAUUGCUUCAUUAAAAAAUAAACUUCACGCCACCACUGCUAAUCGUUUUAAAUACUUUCCAUGGGUUCGACACACAAAGGUAAGCACUAAAUCGCACAUAACAACUAGCCUAGUCGUUCCUUUCAACAUUUAUAACGUUCCGUUGUACUUAUAUUAAUAUUAUUAUUUGUUGUAAAUGUGUUGCAAGACCCAUAUAUAUACCGUAAACGUUUGUAGCGCGUGGACAUUUUAUUUCAUCUGUUCGUAUAUAAUGUACAAAUAAAAUAUUAUCAAUCAAUGAGAUUCCUACGCGUCCAUUCCCGAUGUUUCAAUACCAUAUUAGUUACUUAAUGUAGCAGAUAAGUAAAAUGUAUAUGUUGAAAUGUUCAAGUAUUUUGGUGAUAAAUCUAUGACGGAAAAAUAAAUAUAGAUACUGAUAAUGUGGACAUUCGAUUGUCUUAUAUGCCAAAAUAGGAUAUGAAUAAAGUAAAUGAUGGCCGUUUAAAAUAAAUUUUCCAAUAGUUUCUUUUUGUGCAAUUAUUACUCCAUUUUCAUAAAAUAUUCAUAUAAGACUUUACUCGACCAAUAUUUUAUUAUUGGCCUUGCGUAUGGUUUUCAAGCCACACAAAACGCAUAAAAUUAAUAAUUUUAUCAAAAUAAACAAGAACGUCAACUGAACGAAAUGUUAUUUUGUUUUCAAGUAUUUUGUUCUCUUUAUAAUUGUAAAAACUACAGACGGCACUAAAUUAUAGCAUUUUCUGUGUCCACCAAGUCCAAUUUUAAAACUCCAAAAACAUAAUGAAACUUUUACUUGGCUCGAAAUGCCGAAAUCGUUGAGAAAAAAAUACUCUCCGAAAUCGCGUCGCUAAGGUAUACGUGAAAUCUGAAAAUUGCUGCAACGGAAAAUUCGACCGUCGAAAUUUCGGAAAAUAUUACAAAUCCCGUAUCUAUCGGAAUUCUGUUAGCGGAUCAUCUUAACUUUCGACCUUAAACGUAACCACCCUUAUAUUAUUAUUGUUGUCAGUAUCGAAAAAUGACGUCAUGUCGCGAAUGUAGGUUAUAUGCUCGUAAAUUUUUUCAAUGUACAGAGUACAUACCGGUAUAUAAAUAAAACAAGUUGGUUAAACGGAAUCUUUUUGAACGACAUUGGAAAAAAUAGACGUCGGAUGAAGUAAAUAUAAACAUAUGUAAUCAUAUUGAAAACUAUAUCGUAUACACUUUGUACAUCCAAGCCCAUAGUUUUUAUCGUCGUAUAAGUGAAAACUCAUUCAACGGAAAUUUCCAAAUAGCGGACGUUCAUUGGUGAAUGAAAAAAUGUUCAAUACUCUUUCAUUGGAAAACCCUUAAGUAACGAAAAAUUGCAUGGUAUUUUAAUUUUUUGUAAAUUUAGAAUAAUAAAUUGUGGAAUUUCUAGGCCUACACUCUAAGUCUUAUUUCAUAACUACUCGUAUUAUACUUUUUUCAAUCCGUCCAAUUAUUGAAGUGUGUGUAAAUUAAAAAUAAGAAGUCCACGGUAAGCAAUGACAACAUUAAAGGUUAUAUUGUAUACACAAAUACAUUUCUUCUAACAAGAUACAAAAUAAUUUAUUUUUCUCUUGCCCAGUCAAUUUAAAAAAAUAUCUUUACAUAUAAAAUAACUUCACAUCAAAGUCUUAA